UUAAGGGUCUUCCUAACGUCGCUGCAGUCUCGGUGGUUGCCAACAGUAACCAGCUAACUAUACAGAUGAGAUAUGUAUCUGGACACAGACAAGACCCUCGUGACAAACUCAGGUCAACCAACAGUUUAAGGGUGUUUCUGCAAUCCAGUGCAACCAUCUUCCGUCCUGACAACACUUCCUGCCUCGUGGAUGUGUCAACACCUCGUGUCUGCGACAUCGACAAACGAACUUGUCAAGAUAAAUGUGUUGACAUCGGGGUGAACGCCACCUACAGCCCAUGUUCCAUAUACAACGUCACAGGGGACUGUCGUGACGGGUACUGCUUAGAUAACAACACCGAAGCAAUUUGCAGAUGCCCAUCAACCCACAGCGGUGAGUUUUGUCAGUACCUGGCAUCACACAACCCAAGACCCACCACUCCACCAGAAGAUGACCGUCUUGUCGUCAUCCUUGUUCCUGUAGUCGUCAUGGCUGUAGUCGCCCUUCUAGCAACGUGCUGUGGACUGGCAAUGUACAGGAGACGUCGUCGUCAACGACGACGUCGUAUCCCGUUUGACGAUAGCGCUUCCUUCACCAUGCCCACAAGUACCUUCCUGCCUCGGUAUACCCGCAACUGGCGCCAGUUCUCUGACUUCGGCAGCAUGUCCAGCAUGGGAGACGCCGAUAUAGAGGCGCCCUCGUUCCGCGGCUUCGACUACCCAAUCAUCUACCCCCACGACGCCGAUGAAGACGUCACUGACGUGUUUUCCAGGCACAGCUCAGACGCCUCCGUGGUUAACCCGGUGUGGUACUUUGAUGCUUUGGAUCCCAAUCAUGACUUUCGAAUAGACAGACCUGUAGUGCAACCAACGCCAUUAACACCGUACCUGUAACUUUCGACCACGCAAUGACUGGAUGAUACAAGGCAUUUUGCCAAUAUUAGGCAAAAGGCAAAAGUGACGAGUGUAUAUGAACGAGAUUUCACCUCCCGGAAAUGGUAAACUGACUCCCCAAACGAUGAUGACGUCACAGACGUUGCUCCCGGUCGACCGAAGUCGAAGAUACACAAUCCCAAUGAUCACCCAUAUGAAUGCAAUGGUACAUUAUUACGUCACAGACAGUUGCUAUUCUCCAACCAAGCUCCGAUCACAGCUACAACAUUCCGGUGACAAAGCGACCGCAGUGUCAGCAAUAAUCGGAACAAUUCACAAAAAGGAUGUGAGCCUACUUAUCCACUGAUUGUAAAAGUCACUACGUGUCUGUGAGUCUGUGCAUACGUCCCAGAUGUCGCCAGGAGGAAGUCCACGUGUCUGGAACUAUGUGAUUGUGGGGCCCAGCCCAAGGUUGGCAGCAUGCGACGUGGAAAGGGAAAUACUAACUGCAUCCCCUCUCAAUAUGUCUUGAUUCAUGGAGGAAACAAUUCAGUUGGCAUAAAAGCAAAAUAUUCGCGGACAUUAUGUGCUUAGAUCGCUGAAAUCAGUGACGACACCAGACGUUCUUGAAAAUGUUGAUCGUGUCCACCGGUAGCACUCCCCAUGCACGUGGUGUAUUCUCGACAGCUACUUACCUAAACAUAUUGAUCAGCGUACAGCACUGAACAACCCGCCCAUCGAUACGACGUGCACUCAACAGAACAGUCACGCGUUGCACUAAAGACGAGUAAUCUGAUUUUCCAUAAUGUAUAUGUACACUUAUUUAUAUGACACUUCCAGUGUUUUGUCUGUGUCAGACCGCCCAGUUAAUUCAGGAAUAGCAUGAUCUGUUAGUCGUUAUAGGAGAUAUCAACUGGAUGUUAAAAUCAAUAUCAUGACAUUAUCAUUUGUUGAGGGAUCUUAUGAACUGAUCGAAUGGUGAUAUAAAUAAGUUUGUUCGAAAGUCGACAUCGCUACAUUUUCAUCUGUUGAUAUAACUAUGCUCUGGUAGACUAUUGACAUGUUUAUUUUGUUUCUCGUGGAUUUCUUGACACUACUAUUCUCUGUCUGGUGUUUGACGUCACUAUUUUGUAUGGAUGUUGUUCAUGCUAUGCUCUGAUUGGACGUUUCAUAUCGCUAUCAGCCCACACGUUCGUGUGCACACAGAAACACUUUCAACUUGAAUGUUUGAGCCAAAGUUUUCAAGUGUAAUAUAUCUACCAUUACCCUUUACCAUGCUAUCCUUGGGAAAUCCACUCACAAGCACACAAACAAUACUUAAUACAUUAUUAUAUACAAAGCCGUGUUACUUGGAGGAUGGGAAAUGUAUGAAAAUAAUCGCGGUCGUUUAAUAGGCAGUACUAAUCGAGUACAGCUGCAGCCACAAGUACAGAUAGCUGGUAAUUUGAAGUGUAAUGUUUGUACAAUAUCUAGAUUUCUAUUGCUGCAUAUAGUCCUUACAAUAUGGCGUUUUCUUGUGCAACAUGGUCUGCGUAACGGUCUUGUUUAUUGUUGCUUUAUUUUAUGAAUUGAAAGAACCAAACGGAUACCUGGCUUCUGAGAUAUAUUUUUAUACAUUGUUAAUAUUUAUAACCUUUUACAAUAUUGAAGAAUAAAUGAAUCACAACGUGGUUCGUGUCGUUCUGUGUUCAAGACUGGACUGGAGUGUAAUCAUAAGGCAGACAGUCCAGCUUGGUACAAGAUACGGUCAUCGGCAGAUCAUACGGUCUUCAUGUAUGCUUCU